UCGGCUCAGUGUGUUCAGUGCUGUGCUGUGCGGGCGGGCUGCAGCAGCGCUGGAUUAUACAGUAUUUACUCGCUGUUAAACUCCGUUCUAAAUCUUUACCGGUGUCAUACUGAACUCCAGCUCUCAGCAUGCCGUACGCCAACCAGCCCACCGUCAAAAUCACAGAGCUAUCGGACGAAAAUGUGAAGUUUGUGAUCGAGAAUACGGAUUUAGCGGUUGCAAACUCUAUUCGGCGUGUGUUCAUGUCCGAAGUUGCAACAAUUGCUAUCGACUGGAUCCAGAUCGAUGCCAACUCUUCAGUGCUCCAUGAUGAGUUCAUCGCACACAGAGUGGGACUCAUACCUCUUACCAGUGAUGACAUAGUUGACAAGAUGCAGUACUCAAGGGACUGCACGUGUGAUGAUUUCUGCCCAGAGUGCUCUGUUGAACUCACUUUGGAUGUAAGGUGCACAGAAGAUCAGACGCGUCACGUGACUUCACGGGAUCUGUUGUCGAACAACCCCAGAGUCAUUCCUGUCACCUCCAGAAGUCGAGAUAAUGAUCCUAAUGACUAUGUGGAGCAGGAUGACAUCCUGCUGGUGAAGCUUCGAAAGGGCCAAGAGCUGCGCCUCAGAGCAUAUGCCAAGAAGGGCUUCGGGAAGGAACACGCCAAGUGGAAUCCAACAGCGGGGGUGGCAUUCGAGUAUGACCCAGAUAACGCACUGAGACACACUGUGUACCCCCGCCCUGAGGAAUGGCCCAAGAGUGAAUACUCAGAGAUUGAGGAAGAAGAAGUUCAAGCUCCAUACGACCCCAAUGGCAAACCAGAACGGUUCUACUUUAACGUUGAGUCGUGCGGUUCACUGCGGCCGGAGACCAUAGUGAUGUCAGCGCUCGCCGUGCUGAAGAAGAAACUGAGUGACCUGCAGACUCAACUGAGCCACGAGAUCCAGAGUGACGUCCUUACCAUCAACUAAACCAGCCAGAAUGGAGCUUAGUGGUAUUACAGAGUUAUAGUAAUGGGUACCUGUAUGUACUCAUUGCUUAAGCAGCUUAAACAUGGACGGGAGAAAUUUGUACAGUAGGAUAUUUGUGUUAAUGUUUUUUUUUUCUCGUUUGACAUUUUGGAUGAUGAAUAUUCUUGAUAAUAAAAACAAAAUGAUUUUUUUUAAAGAA